CCCUGAGGGUAGGUCCUCUAGCCAGCAGGUCCAUGGCCAGCAGGCCUCUGCCCCCGGGACGCCAGGAGGAGGAGAAUGCCAAAGACUACGGGCCGAAACCCUCACCAGUGCGGCCCCGAGGCCGCCGGCCCAGCAUUGAUGAGGCGCGACCGGCAGGUCCAGGUCCUGGCCCGGCCUCUCGCCGGGGCUCCAUGCUGGGCCUGGCCGCGUCCUUCUCCCGUCGCAACUCGCUGGCCGGGCCAGGCGCGGGUCCUGGGGGUCGGCGGCCAUCCCUGGGCCCGGUGCCCCCUCUGGGCUCACGGGUCAGCUUCUCAGGGUUGCCUCUGGCGCCCGUCCGUGGGGUGGCGCCCUCCUACCGCACGGAGCCGGUGCCCGGGGAGCGCUGGGAGGCUGCGCGCGCACAGCGUGCCCUGGAGGCGGCACUGUCCGCAGGGCUGCGCGACGCGUGCUACUCCGGCGCCGAGGCCGCACGGCUGGUGCAGGCGCUCUGCGAGCAGGUGCACGUUCGCCUGCGCGAGCUCAGCCUGCCGCGCUACAAGCUGGUGUGCAGCGUGGUGCUGGGGCCGCGCGCGGGCCAGGGCGUUCACGUGGUCAGCCGCGCGCUCUGGGACGUGGCGCGCGACGGGCUGGCCUCGGUCUCUUACACCAACACCUCGCUCUUCGCGGUGGCCACGGUCCACGGGCUCUACUGCGAGUGAGGGGGAGUCCAAUUCUGCAAAAUUGUUUAUUAUCCUAGGAGGAGGCCCCCCUGGGGCUCACAUCCCAAUAAAUAAGUGUCUGACAAUAAA